UCUACAAAUGGAAUCCUCUAGUUCAAAGAAAGGGUCUUUCAUGCUCACUAAGCUAGGCUUCGUGGUCAACUUGCUGCCAUAUUACAGCAUGUUCCUUCGAGAAUGGUUUGAUCUCCUCUGGGGUAUCAAUAAGGAAACCAGGAACUUUUAUACAGAGAAUAUCAACGUGCUGAACAAUCUUUAUAAAUAACUAUAUGUCAAAUCAGCAGGAAGUCAUGCUAUCUUUGAUUAGAGAGUACGAGGAUUUUGAUAAACAGUUAGACAGAAGAUUCUGUCUUUACCUAAACUGCUACGCUCGGAAACAGAAGACACUUAAUUUGUGCUGGAGCUCAGGAAGUUUAUCAAAAACUAAAAUGGACUCCUUGAUGAUCGUGGGGAUCAGCAAUCUGAACAAAGAAGAGUUGAUCAUCCUCGAUAACUUCCUCAAGUAUUGAAUCAACACCAGCUAUACUUUCCUGUCUCUUGGCAUGCAUGACUUAGAUCUUGAUAGCCUGCCUCAAGGAUUUAUGAAUGCCAUGAAUUACGCUAGAGACCAAGUUUAUCUCACAGGCUUCAAAAUGACACCAAAAUUGUUUAAGCAGGUAUUCGAGUGAUGCCAGAACACCUCUUCCAUCACCUUCGACGGAGGGAGUUUGAGCAAACUACCUAAAGACUUUGUGCUAGAAGUCUCUGAUGAAAUAAAAGUUCCAUCGAUCACAUUUACAAAAAACUCUGAUGACGACCAAAAGAUAGAGAGCUUUAACUACAAAAAGUAUAUAAAAUGCAUAGACUAGCAAUAAAAUGAGCC